AUGGACAACAAGGAAAAGGAGAAGCGCAGUCUCUAUGAUGAAGCGCUAGACCGUUUCCGCAAGGACGCUGUCGAGCGCUACACAAGCUCCAAAGAUGCCGAGUUGCUGAGCGAAUUCCUCCGCGAUAAAACAAGCCCCGAGGAAACAAGGCGAGCUGCCGAAGUCCUGCAGGGCGAUGCUGGCAAGAAGUAUGGAGGUCGCAAGGUUGGCGACGUUGAGAUCCCCGGGUCAUGGAUUACCAACAUUAUGGACAACAUCGAAAACUUUGUUGCCGCGGGCGACUUUCUUACCAAGAACGCGCCCGAGAGCGUCGGCAUGGCCUGGUACGCCGUCAAGCUCACUCUAACCGCCAUCCACAGCAAUUAUGAUCUUUACACAUUCUUUGGCUCGGGCCUGAGCGACGUUACCGAGAUCAUGAUCAUCGUGCGUCACUACGACCGGCUCUACGAUGAGAGGUCCAAGCCUCAGUGGAAGCCUAGCCCGUUGGUUGAGAAGCUGUUCCAGGACGUCAUCGGCGCUUAUGCUGCCGUUCUGGACUUUUCGUUCGCCAUCAAACGCCACCUGACCGCGGCUGGCAUCGAAGGAACGGUGCAACACAUCCAAGAUUUCCAGGACACCCAGAGGAAGCUGCACGAAGACGCCAUGGCGAGAUUUGACAUCCUAAUCAAGGGGUUGGAUGACAUCCGGGCGUCGACUAAGCGUAAGACUCAGUGGGAUUAUGCGGUGCAGGACUUCCAGACCUACCAAGAAGCGCUGGAGCCCCUGAAAGGUUCUUUCCGCAUUCUUGGAGACACCAUCGACGCGGUCUAUCCCGGGACCUGCGAGUGGGUGUUUGAGAACAGGCUUUACCAGCAGUGGGUGGGUGCCACGGACAACGCCAUGCUUUGCGUCGCCGGCCCAGAAGGAUCUGGCAAGUCGUAUGUUGUGGCAUCGAUCGCAAACAGCAUCACCCGCACGCCACAUAUUGGCGAGGCCCUCUUGUAUGUCACAUGCAGCGGCUCAACAAGCGGCGCCAGACUCGGCACGAACCAAUCCUACACGGCGGACAGCAUCUGCCGGACCUUGCUCUCUCAGCUUUACGACUUGGCUGUGCAGGGUGAGGAUCACGUGGGUCUUCUGGAAACUUGCAACGGAAUCUUCAAGAAGGCCAAAGCCGCGGUCAGCGGCCUGCCGGCUCACAUGCGUUCGGAGGGUGACGGCUUGCCGGAGUUUGCGGAUGGCUUCGCCCGACUUGCAGCCCUGCUUCAAAAGAAGCUCGUUGUUGUCCUCGACGGGCUGGACGGAAACACACUGGAGGACAAAGGACCAGGAAGAGCUUCUGCGGAAACCGAACAAGAGGCCGCCAAGGAGGCCAUCUUGGAGAAGGCCCGUUCCCGGUUCCUCUACGUCCGGGACACCGCCAUCCCGUUCAUGCUGGAGCCAUUCCAGAGACCGCUGUCGAAGCGACUGGAGGCUCUUCCCGAUGGAGUCAGUGACGUGUACAAGAAAGCGCUGAGCAAGAUGAGCCCAAAUUACCUCGACCUCCUGCGCACUGCUCUCACCUGGACGCUUCUCGCCCCGGACUUUCCGGGAUAUCCGCAUGCUCGAGAGAUCAUGGAUGCUUUCCAGAGCACGUAUGACUUCCCCGCCGAGGUGGGGGGUGACGAAGACGUGGAAGCCGGGUUCCCUCAAACAUCCCGCCUGGAACUGGAACAGCUACGCACGGCAACCGAUCCUUUCCUGAAGUUGAUCCCGGAGACGGACGGCAGGGUUUGGGUGUUUGAGUCCGACGUUGCUGCCGUUUGUGAAUACUUUUUGAGAGAUGGCGAUGAGGUCCAGCCCGAGCAGCAGCAGCAAGAACACGAACAUCUCUGCGUGCGAUGCGGAGCUACCGAGUCACCAUCCACGCAGCUGCACAUCAACGUUAAACAAGGGAAUCUCGACAUGGCCCUGACAUGCCUGCGCCAUCUGAAUAACCCACUAUUCCAGCUGAGAGCCGGUUUAAGGACGGCUGUUAAACAGCCAGAGCCGCUCGCUGAGGGCGGGUCUGGAGACGCGAGCUCGGCAGGUGUUGCACAGGCAGGCGAUCAAGCGGCUGGCCAGGCCGCAGAUGCGCCGCCUAAAGACGAGACGGAGACCCAGGAGGAAAAAACCACAAACGCCGUCGAUGACUUGCUCCAGGAAGCGCAGGAUGGCUACGCCACCGAAGGCUCCGUCGACGACGAGGACCUCAUCAAACCCCACUACAUCGAAGAGCUGACGCAAGCUGCUGACCGGCACAGCGAGGAAGAAGAAGGCCCCGCUCGCGUCCGGUACGAACUCCAGUACUGGCCCUGGCAUCUAGCCAGGGCGGAAGCGCUCUGGUCCGCGGAGGAACGAGAGAACAACAGCGACUGGGCCGCGCUGAUGGCUGAGCUGGACAAGUUCGUCUUCGAGACUCCCGAGGUUUUUGCUGCGUGGCAGAGACAGUACCCCGAGAAGGAUGACGACUACGGUCUUUUCCGGGUAGCCGAGGGUCCGCACAAGCCGCUGCACGUCGCGGCAUAUCUGGGGUUGACUACCUGGACGAGGUAUCUCCUCGACCGUGGGGAGAAGUUGGACGAGUUGUCGAAAGGAUACAGCCCUCUUCAAGCGGCGGCGUGUUCCGAAACGACCCUCGAAACGGUGAAGAUGCUGUUGGAGGAAGGGGUUGAUGUCAACGCCGAGAAUGGCGUGGAGCGCAGCGCGUUCCUUCUGUGGAUGAUCCGCGGCAAUAUCACGGUCGAGGGUGUGCAGAUGUUCCUGGACCGUGGUGCUGAUGCCAAGACUCCAUGCACAAAAGUCAGUUACAGCGCACUGCAAUAUUUCGCCAACAGGGGGGAUGAUCCCGCGGUACUGGACUUGUUGUUGGCACAAGGGGCGGACAUCAACGCGGUCCAUCCCGGGGAUGACUGGUUGCUGCCGCCGCUUCAUAUUCUGCUCAUGAGGCGCGAGGUGCCCGGACCGCUGCUGGACGCCUUUGUCAAGAAUGGCGCCGACACGAACUCGGAGAACGCGGCUUCCGCCCGGCCCCUGCAGAUGAUCUGUAGCCAAGGCCAGCUGGAUAACCUAGUGAUCCUGUUGCAGUCGAACGCGCUAGAGAUCGACGACCCCGAUUUCCACGGUACCACCGCUGUCCACGAGGCCGCCUUCCACGACUACAGCAAGUGCGUGAACGCGCUGUUGGAGCGCGGCGCCGACCCCGACAUUACCGACAAGAUCAACCGCCACGCUCUCCAUACCGCUGCGCGGAAGGGACUCGCAGCGACUGUCCGCGUCCUCCUCAAGUACACCAAACAAGUCAACCUCAAGGACAAAUCAGGCUGGACGCCGCUGUUCUGCGCCUGCCUCAGCAAGGACGAAGAAUCCGCCAUGCUCAUCCUCGACGCCCUCCUCGUGCUCAACCUCCCCCUUUCCGAGAUCAACAUCAGCACCCGCACGGGCCGCACCGUCCUCCGCCAAGCCGCCGACCACGGCUUCACGCGCGUCGUCACCGCCCUCCUCGACCUCGGCGCCAAAACCUCCCCCACCCUUACCACCCCGAACCCCGCCCUCCUCCUCAACGCCGCCGACACCAAAAAAGGCCUCACCGCGCUCCACCGCGCCGCCACCAACGGCCACGCCGCCGUGGUCCAAGCCCUCCUCACCGCGGGCGCCAACCCCUCCCAGCUCUCCACGCAGGGGCACCCGCACCGCCACACGCCGCUCUCCCUCGCCCACCAGCAAUGGUCCCUGGCCACCAAAACCACCGCCUACGAAACCAUCCUCGCCCACCUCAUCGACGCAUCCCCGACCACCGCCAAAUCCGACGCCGACCUGGUCGCCGUGUGCGCCGCCAACGGCAGCGUUCCCUUACUCCAAAAACUCUGGCACUUGCGCGCCGACCUCAACCGCCCCGACAGCUACGGCUGGACGCCGCUGGCGCUGGCGCGGCAAUUUGGGCGCGCGGAGGCGGAGGCGUUCCUGACGCGCCAGGCGGCGUGGGCGCGGUUGUUGCCGGGGAGGUGGGAGGCGCGGUUCCCGGGGACGACGUCCCUGGGGGUGGGGAGCGUGCUGAAUGGGGGUAAGAGGGUGCGGCAUGUGUCGGGGAAGCGGGUGUGUGUGUCGGCGGAUCGGCCGCUGCCGGCGGGGUUGGAGAGGUAUUAUUUUGAGGUGGUGUUGCGGGAGGUGGGUGGGGGGAAGGGCGCGAAGGAGUGGCCCGAGAUGGCGGUCGGGUUUUGUACGUUGGGGGGUGCGGCGUUGGAGUUUCCGGGCUGGUGGGCGGCGAGUGAUAGUCCGUCGACGGCGAGUUCAUGGGGGUAUCAUUCGGAUACUGGGGGGGGUGUAUUCGUCCGGUGGAGGAUGUGGAGGGGUUUGUGGAGGUUACUGUGGACGAGUUGA